AAAAAGUAAACGUGAGAGAGAGAGAGAGAGAGAGAGAGAGAGGAAGAGUCAAGCGAGAGAGAAAUGGCGGAUGCAGCAGUGGAGUUCCUGCUGAACAAUCUCAAGGAGCUACUGCUGUACCACUCUCAUCUCAUCACUGAUACUAAGAAGCAGAUCGAGAGUUUGGACACAGAUCUCCGCCUAUUCAACGCUUUUCUCAAGGAUUCGAUGAGAAAGCGGAGAAAGGAUGACCGGACAAAGGAGCUCGUUAGAAGCAUUCGAGAUGUUGUAUAUGAAGUGGAAGAUGUGAUCGACGCUUUCGUUACUCAGGCCAUGGAGAAAAAAUCAACCUCUGCUUUCCUCAAAUUUUGGAAGCCUUCCGUUAAGCUCCACGACAUUGGCAAAAAGGUCGAGGAGGUCAGAGAAAAGGUCGACAAGGCCAGGGUCGACUUCGCUAACCUCUCCGUCCACGAUCAACACGACUAUGAAAAACCUGAGGCUCGGCCGCCAAGGCAAAAAGACGUUGUGGGAUUCGUAGACGUGACAGAGGAACUAAUAGGGCGUCUGACGAGAGAUACAGACUAUUUUGAUGUGGUUUCUCUGAUUGGUAUGUUUGGACUAGGCAAGACAACGUUGGCAUGGAAGAUUUUCAACGAUCCGGAGAUACUCUACAAGUUCCCUGUUCGGAUAUGGCUUCCGAUUUCUCAGGAGUUCUCAGAUAAGGAUAUCUUUCUAGCCAUUCUCAAAGAGUUCACUACUAUAGAUGAUGAACUUCGUCAGAAAGACAGCAUGCUAUUAGCCCCUAUAGUUGCCGACUAUCUUUCGAGAGCAAGUUUCUUGAUCGUCUUUGAUGAUGUCUGGAGUCGGUCUGAUUGGGAGAGACUCAAGGUUGCAAUGCCUCAGAACAAUAAUAAGGGUAAAGUACUUAUCACUAGUCGUAUGGAGGAUGUUGGCGUGUCUGCUAGUUGUCCCCAACACCCUACCAAGUUGCGUUUCUUUAAUCAAGAUGAAAGUUGGGAGCUGCUCCGAUUGGAAGCCCUCCACAAGCUGGACUGCCCUCCCGAAUUGGAAAAUACCGGCCAACUAAUUGCAAGAGAUUGUGAGGGACUUCCUCUUGCAAUAGUCGUCAUUGGAGGCAUCCUCUCCGCUAAGUUCUCAGCCAAGGAUUUAACUGAAACGAGGAAAGCUUGGGAUAAAGUAUCCACACGGGUGAAUACAUACCUUAGUGAGAAAGAUCCUGCAAAUCGCAUGAAGAAUUUUAUAUCUCUAAGUUAUGAUAGAUUGCCUUACCACUUACGUGCAUGCUUUCUUUAUUUGGGAGUGUUUCCUGAAGAUUAUGAGAUCACAGUUUCAAGACUGAUCCGCAUGUGGAUUGGAGAAGGAUUCAUACAACAAAACAAUGACUACAGCUUGGAAGAGGCUGGAGAGAUGUAUCUGGAGGAUCUUAUCAAUAGAAACUUGGUCACAAUCGAAAAGCUUAAACCUAAUGGUAAGGUUAAAACAUGUCGGAUUCAUGAUGCCUUACGCGAUUUCUGCAGAACUGAAGCUGGGAAAGAAAAUGAAAAUUUCUUUCAAGAAAUCAAGUGUAACAGUGGGACUUGGGCACCUCCAGUUUCUGACUUGCAUAACUGUCGACGUCUCUCUGUUCAUUCUAACUGCUUGGACUUCAUUGCUUUAAAACCUUCUGGUCAUCGUGUCCGCUCAUUUGUCUGUUUUUGCAAAGAUGAACUGAUCUUAUCAGCAGAUCACAUUCCGCACCUCUUGGGAGCUUUCAAACUUCUCAGAGUCUUGGAUGUUAAACCCAUCAAACUCAUCAAAAUUACCAAUGACAUGUACCAGUUGGUUCAUGUGAGGUAUAUUGCCUUGUCGACCGAUAUGUCCAUCCUUCCUUCGAAAUUCAGCCAGCUUUGGAAUUUACAGACUCUUAUAGUCGACACAACAUCUCGCACUCUUGAAGUUAAAGCAGAUAUAUGGAGAUUAACUCAGCUAAGGCAUUUCAAGACAAAUGCGUCUGCUAGCUUACCCGAGCCGAGUAAGAAUAGUAAACAUGGCGCAGAGCUUCAAACACUCAGCACAAUCUCAGUGGAGAGCUGCACGGCAAAGCUUCUUGAGCAUGCUUCCAAUCUGAAGAAAUUAGGCAUUCGUGGGCGACUAGCUUUGCUUCUUGAAGGAAAGAUUGGUUCCUUUGAUAGCGUGGGGAAAAUGAAAUAUCUUGAACAGCUGAAACUAGUGAAUGAUGUGCAUCCUAAGCCACCUAUAGAUGGUCAACUACGUUGCCUUCCUCAGCCUUAUCAAUUCCCUUCUAAACUAAAGAGCCUCACACUAGUUGGGACUUUCCUCACUUGGAAUUUUAUGUCUGUCCUUGGGUUGCUGGAAACUUUGGAGGUGUUGAAGCUAAAAAAUAAGGCAUUUAUGGGGAAUACCUGGAGUGCAACUGAUGGAGGUUUCCGACGUCUUGAAUUCUUGCACAUUGAGCAGACGGACUUAGCUGUUUGGGAAGCUUCAUCACAUCAUUUCCCUAGACUCAGAGGCCUUGUGCUUAAGAACUGUGAGAAGCUUAUUGCCAUUCCGAUUGGGCUGGCUGAUGUAGCAAGCUUCCAGAUGUUGGAGUUGUUCGUUUGUAAACCUGCAGCUGCGUCUGCCAAUAAAAUUCACGAGGCCAAGAAGAAGAAGGCAGGCUCUGUAUUCAAGCUCUCAAUUUUCCCACCUACUGAUUGAUUAAACUUAACAGGGGUGCCGUGCUAUGCUACAGGCUGGAUUGCUUGAAGAAUUUAGUGUUGACUUUUAUCUGUUUCAAGUCCAAAAUGUUGCACUAUCUUGUUCAUUUGAAUUUGAUUAUUUGUGUUGAACUUGGUUGUGCUGGAUGAAAUCUCUUUUAAUUUUUGUGUCA